AUGCGGCUCCUGCUGCUGCUGCUGUGGCCCACGGCUCUGUACCCGGGGGGAGGCGGCGAGGCAGCGCCUGCAGACCUUCAGGGGCCCACCUCGUACCGUGUCAUCCAGAUCUCGUCCUUUGCCAACAGCAGCUGGGCACAGAACCAGGGCUCGGGGUGGCUGGGCGACGUGCAGAUCCACGGCUGGGACGCCGACGCUGGCAGGGCGGUUUUCCUGAAGCCCUGGUCCAAGGGCAACUUCAGUGACGAGGAGAUGGUCGAGCUGGAGGAGAUCAUCCAGGUCUACCUGACCGGGUUCAUCCUGGAAGUGCAGGACCACGCCCCGGAGUUCCAGAUGCAAUACCCCUUUGAGAUCCAGGGUGUAGCAGGCUGUCAGCUGCACCCCGACAGGGGCACGGAGAGCUUCUUGCGGGGAGCCUUAGGGGGCCUGGACUUCCUGAGCCUCAAGAAUCACUCCUGUGUGCCCGCCCCGGAGGGCGGCAGCAGGGCGCAGCGCAUCUGUGAGCUCAUCCUUCAGUAUGAAGGCAUCCGGGAUAUCGCGGAGAAGCUCCUCUUUGAAACCUGCCCUCGGUUUCUCCUGGGCCUCCUCGACGCUGGGAAGGCAGAGCUGAGGAGGCCAGUGCGACCCGAGGCCUGGCUGUCCGCUGGCCCCAGCCCCGGGCCUGGCCGGCUGCAGCUGGUGUGCCACGUCUCCGGCUUCUACCCCAAGCCUGUGUGGGUGACGUGGAUGCGGGGUGAACAGGAGCAGCAGGGCACCCGGCGAGGCGACGUCCUGCCCCAUGCUGACGGCACGUGGUAUCUCCGAGCGACCCUGGACGUGGCAGCUCAGGAGGCAGCCGGCCUGUCCUGCCGGGUGAAGCACAGCAGUCUAGGGGGCCAGGACAUGGUCCUCCACUGGGGAAACUCCAUCUCCAUCGGCUUGAUAUCUUUGGCAGUAAUAUUGCCCGUCUUGAUCUUUCUGAUAGGUCUUCCGUUUUGGCUUUGGAGGCGCUGGUCCUAUCAGAGUAUCUCAUGA